AUGCUGCGAAAACUUAGCGUGCCACUAGGAUUGACCACUGUCCAUCUGGAUUGGAAAACUGAUUAUGCCGAUCAGUCGGUAUUGUUCUACGUGGCUCAGGAAGCAGUACCCCUCGGAUACAUCAUUAUAGGAUUUUCUGACCAUGGAUCUUACAAUAAUUCUGAUGUUUGCAUCUAUAAGGAAGGGAAACUUAGGGAUGGUUAUAUAGAUGGAAACUUCCAAAUACACUUCGACCGCAGUCAAGACUGUCAGUUAGAGAAGAAACAGUCCAAUAGAUUUACGUUUCGGAGACGAUUUGCAACCUGCGAUACGAGAGAUUUCGCAUUUGAGACAGGGACGACGCAGUUCAUCAUCGCAGGUGGUUUCGAAUUCACAAGCGAUUUCAAAAGUGAUCAUGUCAUGAAGGAAAUGCGCUUCGCUGUCCUGAUUGACAGGGAUGACGCAGCUGCACCUCCAGAACCCGACGGAAUUCACUUCAGGGUGUUGGCUGAUGAUGCACUUAUACCGAAUGUGGUAACAACAUACUGGUGUAUAAUAGAAAGAAUACCAGCAGAGCUCAGCAAUCGAAAGCAUCAUAUUGUCCAAGUAUGAUG